AUGGCCUCUGUUUUCUACAAAACAUAUCGCUCAACGGGCUUGACUAUCGACGGAUUAAUCUAUGCUGUCAGACCAACACGCAAGAAUUGCAUUGAAACCACUUACAGCCCGGUUGAUAAGGACCGUUUCUUGCAUACCUCGCGACGACGAGUAAGCUCUGAAUCUCCGGGAUAUCAAUCUCAAGGAAUAGGAAGCCCACAGGUAACAACGAAAACAGGCUGGAAAAGGGCCUUCGAAGACGGUUUUCAGCUCCUAGAAGAGGACCGCGUAGCAAAGAAGGCUCGAUUGGAUGAGUUGGAAAAUCAAUUCAAAGUCUGUCGUUAG